GAGAUCGAUGAGUCAACUGCGCGCAUAUAUGUGACGACGCGCGUCUUUGGGUCGCGUUAAACCACGGCACUAUAAGCAGCAAUGGAACGCCUGUGUAGCCGGUCCAUCAUGAGCUAUGAAAGCCUCUGUUCAGACUACAAGCAGAACUUCGAUGCUAAAGCGUACAGAGAUGUGAGCGUGAAUGACUUCAUCAACGUGUACCACUUCUUUAUUCGACAACUACAUGACAUCUUCGAAACCGAUGUACGAGGAUCAACAAUCUUGGACAUCGGUUGUGGACCAACCGUGUACACUGCGCUCGUAGCUAGCAGGACGUUCGACAAUAUAGUGCUCAGUGAGUUUCUGUCCAGGAACAGAGAACAGGUUGAAAAAUGGGUCAAGAAUGAUGCGACCGCCUUGGAUUGGAGUCCCAUAAUUGAAUAUGUCGCACGAGUGGAAUGUUUCAAUAACCUGAAGAAGGGCUCUGAAGAGAUCGCACAGAGAACUCGGAAGACCAUCAGCAGGAUAAUUCCGUGCGAUAUUACGACUCCUGGUAUAGUCCCAGAAACACACAGAGCUGUCUUCGACGCUGUCGUCUCGAGUCUGUGUCUCGAAUCCGCCAUCCCAGAUGACAUCGCUUGUUGCUCAGCUAUCGCGGACAUAGCGAAACUCAUCUGUCCCGGAGGUCACGUCGUCUUGUGCGGCCUGACAGGGAAUUUAGGUUACGUGUUGGGUCAGAAGACUUUCAAAUGCUUCUCAUAUCACCAACAGCUCGUGGAGUUUGCACUCACGGGAGCUGGUUUCAUGAAGAAAGGAUGGAUCGAUGCGCCCCACGAGGCGCUCGGUUCCAGGGACUCUUUAUUUGACACAGCAUUUGUGACUUGGUGGGUUAAGCUCUAGGAUAUUAUCUUAUUGGUGGUGCGACCGCGAUUGUAUAUUGUCAAGUAUAUUGAUAGGGAGUUCGAUAACCGAAUACUUGGGCAUUUGUUAAUGAAGCAGGUGUUUUGUACUGAUCAA